GAAGAGAUAAAAAGUGUAAAUGUGGGAACAAUUACAGCCACAUGAAGUAGCUGGGCAUGGUGCCUCACACAUGUAGGUAAUCUCAGCCCUCAGGAGGCUGAAGCAGGGAGGAUCAUGGGUUUGAGGCAUGUGUGACCUUGGGGACUUCCUUUAGUAAGCCUUGAUUUCCUUAAGUAUAAAAUAUGGCAUCAAGUUAAUUUAUUCACCACACACAAAACAUGCAAGGCACUGUGGGGGUUUUGCUGUUGUUUCUGUGGUCCUAGGGAUCAAGUCUAGGACCAGCCCUCGGUCGGUCGGUCGGUCACUGACUUACACUCCCUGCCCAAGCUGCCUUUCCAAGUGCUCCAAUGCUUGGGUGAAAGAUUAGCCUGGUCUUCCACUGUAUUUCAGAAGUUAAUAUUCCAAAAGAGGAAAGAAAACAGGUACUGAAAUGCCAGGGACAGGGUAAAGUAGACAGUGCUAAGACAGGCAAGUGACAGACAGAACAGGGUGGUGGAAGUGGACCGAUCUGCUUUGUCCCUGAAGCCAAAGGGUGGUCUGGUGGGAUGUUUUAAGCAAAAAAAAAAAAAGCAAAUGUAGAGGCAGGCAAGUUCAAAGAACAAAAAUGAUGUCACCCUCUUGAAUUUUAGGAUUCUAGAAAUAGUGGCACAUUGCUUGCAUUGAUUAGCUGAGGACUCUGUGUUGUGAAACUCUUCCCUGAUGGUGUGGGCUAUUUCUUUUUUAAUGCAAGGUGGGAAAAGUAGUCUUUCUGGAGCCCGGGGACGUGGCUGGCUGUCUCCCUUGCCUUCUCUAGUUCUAGUGGCUCAGCUGUCGGGCGAUGUUGCUGCAGGCUCCAUUUUAACUGCAGACUGUGAAGGCAAACUACAGCGCUGCUUCGUUCACCUUUCACUCAGAGCCUUGGAGCCCCAGCACCCCCUCCCAUCCCAUCCUGUCCCCUUCCAGUCUAAACAGCAAGCGCGAGUGUCAGGGCUUUGGGAGCGCAGGACUCAGCUUCCUUGUUUUCCUGUAGGAGCAGAAGCCAGAAAAUGAACCGGGAAACAGAGCAGAAGAGGAGGGGGUUGGGUAGCUGGGAAGGAAGGAAGGAGAAAUUGCAGCCAAGUGCGACUGAAGAGCUAGACGAAGUUCUACCUCCAAACGGUGUUCCAGCAAACACAGUCACUUCUCACAAGAGGACCCCUGCCUUUUUGACAAGCACAUUCGGAGGGAAUUCCAUGUGGACAGACAGAACCUUGAGCCUUUUCCCCCGUGAAUUCACAAACAAGGACAGUUCAUGUCUGUUUUGUCUUUAAAGACAGAGUGUUGGGGAGCCUCUAGAAAUUCAAGUCACAGCCUUGGGCCCUAGUCACAAGUGCGCCCAGAGAGGCGUUGCCUUUUCACUCAGACGAACAACGCGCGUUGUUUCUACGACGCUGAAAAACCUGGAAGACUUGGAGACUCCUUGUCUCUCUUUACCAGCCGCUAAAAUAUGCUUUAUACUUUAUCCACUUUACACACAAGCAUCCAGGGGGCAGUUUUAAGUCCCAGGGCCUGAAAUGAUCGUGAACCUGGCCCCCACCAAACCGAUGUGGGCUAGUUUUCUUUGCUUGGAGAGAUAGCGGCCAUCUCUUUGUUCCCACCCACACUGGUGGCUGUUGCAGAAGAUAAACCCCUCCCUCAGCCAGGGUUGUGGCCAGAGGUUAACCCAGACCCAAGCUACGUUGAGAGGACAGAUAACUGAAACCACAGAAGGCUUUGGAAUCCUGAGAAACAAGAAAUCCAACGGAGAAGGAUUUAUUAUCUGUUUCCUUUAAGGGAGGGUGCAAAGUCGCUCUAACAGUUUCCGUUACAGGGGUACCAACGGGCCGCGCCUCCCCAACAGACGGUUUGGUUGAAUUAGCUUCCUUUUUUUUUUUUUUUUUUCUGCUUUUGGCGCCACUUCCUACGACAGAAACUGCUUGAGGGAGGAGUCCUCGGGGGUGUUCUCUGAGGUUUCCUUCCUCGUCCUACGUCCUACACAGCCACCUGCGGUGGGACGGAACCGAGGCAGGGCCGAGGUCCCCCAUAGCCAGAGGAAGGGAAAGUCACGGGGAUCCCCCCCCCCCACUUUCUUCGCGCCCAGGCGCAGGGCACCGCCGCGUGCCACAGAAACCCCGACAGGGCUUUCUUCAGCUUAUUCCUACUGUCCAUCGUGUGCCGGGCCCUGGGCUGGGCUGGUGUGGCGGGACAGGAGAGGACGUGCGGCUCCGGCGGCGGCCAAGAGGCCCGGGGGAGUUCCCGGGGCCACCUCGGCCCACAGCGGGAAGCCAGAGGCCGCUCGCGGGGCGGGACUGGGGCGAGAGCGCCGGCUGGAGAGCGCAGCGCCCGCGCACAAACUGACGGCGAGCGAGAGGCAAACUCCUCAGGUGUCAUCGCGCCGGGAAGGUGCGGCGCGCACAGCGGCCCCCGCCCCAGCCAGGGUCAACAUGGCCGCCGAGCAGGGAGGCGGGGCGCUCCGAGUCCGGGCAGGAGCUGGGCGGGGCCGCCGUCGGCGGGGCCAGCGCGCAGGCGCGGGACGCUCGGGACCCGGAUGGAGGUGCUGGAGAGUUUAGAAGCCAGAGGAAACUCAGACCUGGUGAGGAGAGGAUGUGGCCCCUGGACCCAUCCCAGAAAGAGGUGCUGACAUUUGCAAUAAGCUGCCGCGUCCUAACUCUAACGCUCCAGGCACUCUUCAAUGCCAUCAUCCCAGAUCACCAUGCAGAUGCCUUUUCUCCUCCCCGCCUGGCCCCCUCGGGCAAUGUGGAUCAGCUUGUGGAAGGUCUCCUGGGUGGUCUGUCUCGAUGGGAUGCAGAACACUUCCUGUUUAUUGCUGAGCACGGCUACCUUUAUGAGCACAACUUUGCCUUCCUCCCCGGCUUCCCCGUGGCCCUGAUGACGGGAGCUGAGCUGCUGAAGCCCUUGCAGGGCCUCCUGAGCCGGCGCAGUUGCCUGCUGCUCUCCGUGGCGCUGCUCAACUUCCUGUUCUCUGUGCUAGCCGCCAUCGCGCUUCAUGAUUUGGGUUGUCUGGUUUUGCGCUGUCCCCGCCAGGCCUUUUACGCAGCCAUGCUCUUCUGCCUCAGCCCUGCCAAUGUUUUCUUGGCAGCUGGUUAUUCGGAAGCUUUGUUUGCCUUCCUGACAUUCAGCGCCAUGGGGCAGCUGGAGAGGGGCCGGAGCUGGGCCAGUGGGCUGCUUUUUGCUCUUGCCACUGGGGUGCGCUCCAAUGGGCUGGUCAGUGUCGGCUUCCUCGUGCAUUCUCAGUGCAGAGGCUUUUUCUCUUCUCUUGUGGUGCUGAACCCGCUGAAACAGCUCAUCAAGCUGCUGACCUCUGUCUGCUUGUCGGUGCUCACGGUCAGCCUUCCCUUUGCUCUCUUUCAGUAUUAUGCCUACAGCCAGUUCUGUUCCCCAGGCUCUGCCCACUCCAUUCCUGAGCCCUUGGUGCAGUUAGCUGUGGACAAGGGCUACAGGGUUACAGGAGAAGAGGAGCCUCCCUGGUGCUCCUGGGACCUUCCCCUCGUAUACAGCUACAUCCAGGAUGUCUACUGGAAUGUUGGCUUUCUGCGGUACUAUGAGCUCAGGCAGGUGCCCAAUUUUCUGCUAGCUGCACCAGUGGCUGUACUGGUUGUGUGGGCAACCUGGACAUAUGUGACCACCCACCCUUGGCUCUGCCUUACACUUGGGCUGCACAGGAGCAAGGACAGUAAGACCCUAGAGAAGUCCCAUCCUGGCUUCCUCUGUCCGAAGGUGUUUGUGUACCUGGUCCACGCCGCAGUGUUGCUGCUCUCCGGAAGCCUGUGCAUGCAUGUUCAGGUUCUCACACGAUUUUUGGGCUCUUCCACUCCUAUUGUGUACUGGUUUCCAGCUUACUUGCUUCAGAAUCAAGAACCACUGUUGAAAUCUGUAGACACAGUACCUGAGAAGCUUGCAGAAAACUCCCCACCACGACAAAAGACCCCCAGAAACUGUAUCAUGAAACUCUUAUACAACUGGAAGGCCUGUUCUCCAGUCACAAGAUGCAUUCUAGGCUACUUCCUGACUUACUGGCUCCUGGGACUACUCCUCCAUUGCAACUUCCUGCCUUGGACUUGACCUGGAGUCUCAAGGGACAAACUGGAAACUGAUUUAACCCAUGGGCUAAAAGCUUCACUGCCUGGGACUGCCUGCACAUCCCUGAGAGCACUGUCCAUUAGUAUCUCCCCGUUCCUCUGGAGGAAUGGAGAAUGUGAGCACAGGAGUGCUCUUCUUGUCCUGGGUGGUGUGAGUUUAGAAGAGGAACUGUUUUCUCUGCUGAGUGGAGCUGUCUCAAAUCUCCCUGAUCAACAAGCAUCAGACAAUCUUAAACCUCGUACUGGUUGUUUUUCAAGACAGGGUUUCUCUGUGUGGCCCUGGCUGUCCUGGAACUCACUAUAGCAGGCUGGCCUUGAACUCACAGAGAUCUGCCUACCUUUGCCUCCCAAGUGCUGGGAUUAAAGGUGCAGGCCACCACCACCUGGCUCCCCAUGUGUAAAUUUAAAUUAAGUGUUUGAUCAAAGCUCUAGCUGACAUCCUGGUCCCCUCAAGAUGAUGGGGACAGUACAGUGAAAGGAGGGAAAAGGGACCCUGCUCUGAGUGAGACGUGUCUGAAGUUUUCUUCAUGAUGUGUGCAUUUAUAUAAAAAAUUCGCCGGGCAGUGGUGGCGCUCGCCUUUAAUCCCAGCACUCGGGAGGCAGAGGCAGGCGGAUCUCUGUGAGUUCGAGGCCAGCCUGGGCUACCAAGUGAGUUCCAGGAAAGGCGCAAAGCUACACAGAGAAACCCUGUCUUGAAAAACCAAAAAAAAAAAAAAAAAAAAAAAAAAAAAAAUUCUACACACUAUGAACAUUUAAAAACUUGUAUUCGCAAUGAAUCACCUUUUGCAGGGAGUCACGGAAGUUGAGACAGGGUUCUGGCUGUCCUGGAAUUUGCAAUGUAGCUCAGGCUGGUCUUGAACCCACAGAGAUCUACCUGCCUCUGCCUCCUGAGUGCUGGUACUAAAGGUGUGUGCCACAGGCUCUGCUGAGUUACUUUUUGUAAAUUAAAGGGGUUUGGGGCUAGAACUCAGUAGUAAAGCAUGUGAGGCCCUAAUUUCAAUAAUAAAUGAUUUGGGUCAGAGCACAUGAUCUGACCUCUGAAUCCUAAUCCUCAUGUUCCAGCUCUGUGAUCCUAAACUACUUUCAGAGCCUUCUUUACCUGCUUGUUCCCUGGGAUUUGGUUUAGGAAGGUACUAGUCCCCCGGGGUAUGGUUUAGGUCUUUGAGCGCUUAAAUCUGAAAUUACCUUAAACAGAUCCCAAUCUAAACACCUGGAGGCUCAAAUGUGACCUAAGCAGAAAGUCCUCUAUUUCCUUAGAUCAAUUAGAAACCACCCUCCCACCCCCACCCCCACCCGGGAACAACCCUGAGUGGGAGCUGCCACGGGGAGAGGUGACACCUGGUGGAAAAGGCUCGCCCAGGAUGACUGGGUUUCAUCCUCAAAAGUUCCUGCUUGAUUGGUAGGCAUGACUCACAGGCACCAGCACCACAGCCCUGAUGGGGCACAUCAGAGCCGAGGCCAAGGCUGUCUAAUGCAGCGUCUGCCCGGCUUCCCGCCUCUUCUUGGUUGCUAAUAGUAAUGUCACUGACCCGCCUAUCCCAGCACUCCAGGAUGCUGAGGCAGGAGGGGAGUGAGGGCAGCUACCGAAUAAGACCCUGUCUAACUAAAAACGCUGGCCCUGGCCAGCAGUGUUUCUUCAUUCUCGGGCCAGGUAAGAGUUUGGCUCUGUGUCAUUAUCCUUCUGACUCCCCACUGAGCCAGAAAUUCCAAUAAGCAGCAUUCUUCAAAACAGAUGGCAAUCAGCUGCGGCUUCUGGAAAGCUGAGAGUUGGAAUUUGGACACACUCCCUCCAACCGUGACAGAACGCUCAACUUGCCAGCUGAAGGGAAGCUCCUGGCCGAGGCCCAGCACCCUCCGUGGGAGCCUCCAGCCAGCCUGGCCAACGAGCAUUCCCACCCAUCACCACGGCACUAGCACAGCCAAGCAUUUGGUCCAGAGUCAAAUGCUACUGAAAAUGUACACACAGAUUGGGGCAGCCCUCUGCCUUCUGCCAAGACACCGAGUGCCCUUCUUGGCAAAAGAUGAUCACCUCUGCCCCAGUGUCCCUCCAGCUGGCAGAGACUGCGCCUCUUCAGCAGCUGCAAAUCCUAGGGCUCCCCCUCCCUCCCAAAUAAAUGUGUGGGAGGAGCUGGGGUCCAGUUUGCUGGCGCACUGGGUACUUUGGUCCCUGCAUCACUUUGCCUCCUUUUGGGGGAUAACUAAAAGGGAUUGUUCCCCUCCUAGGAGAGGUGACUCGCCUCCCACAGAGCGGCUGUGUUCUGUUGUUUUGUCUCAAGACCUCAUCACCCAGAAACCCUACACCUGAGGACCCCUGCUAGGGGAGCCACACCUGGGGAAGGGUGUGGUCUCUGACCGUGGAGGGCUAGUUGCUAAGGUUCUAAGGAAUGGGCUGGCUUUAUGGCCAGCAGCUGUCCUUUUACCGGCCUAUUAACAGUCUUUAAUAGUCUUGAGAGAGAAACAUGAAGGGCCCAGGCAGGAAGCUUCCUGUUUACCCGAGGUCUAAGAAUGCCACAGCUGGGUUGGGCGGCCACAGUUUAGAGAAAAGUCAUUUCCUUCUAAGACCCUGCUAAAAUCCAAACCAGACACUGCAGACCUAGAGGUACAUACCUUUUUGUUCUUUAAUGAAGGGGGGAGAAGAAGAAGCCGUCCCUCUGGGGUGGGUGAGCGGAAGUCUGGAUCUAAAAAUGUUAAGUGUGCUGCUGGAUUAAGAGACUUUCAAUGGAUUCUUUCCACCAGUUGUUUGUUAAUGCCUAUUUUGGACUAAGGAAGACUCAGGCACACCUCCCUGUCCUCAAAUGUCUAGAGUGAGUUGCUGGCCAGUACACAGAUGCAUUCAUUAGGGAAGUGGUAAAUUCUUUUAAAAGCAGCACUUUUUAGUGUGUGUGAACAUGAACAUCCAUAGCACACACAUGAAGUCAGAACCACCUUCUGUGGGCCUUGGUUCUUCUACCGUGUGAGUCCUGGGGCCCAAACUUGGUUUGUCAGGCUUGAGGACAAGCAUCUUCACUGGACAAGCCCUGCUGGUCCAGAAGUGGGAAAUUCUGAGACAUAAAGGACACUUUUUGCUUUCUGUUUCUCUAUUUGAAAUUUUUGUUUCUGUUUCAAGACAGUUUCUCUGUGUAACAGCUCUGGCUGUCCUGGAACUCACCCUGAAGACCAGGCUGGCCUCAAAUUCACAGAGAACCUCCUGCUUCUGCCUCUAAAGUGCUGGAAUUAAAGGCGUGCGUCACCAC